AUGCCUAUCCCUCUCCUCGUCUCGCCCUCUUCCCCGUUGCAGCGCCAUUCCACUUCGCCCCGCUCCCAGCCCCAGCAGCAGCCAGCGCGGGUCAGAUUGCGGGCGGUGGUGGCGGGGGGUCGGGGGAAGGCGGGGCGGAGGCGGGAGGCGGAGGGGAGGGGCGGAAGGAGGAGGUCGGGGAGUGGCGGCAGUGGAUCCAGCAGGCGCUCUCCAGUGCAUGUGCUUCCGGCAAGAUCAGACCCAGGAACAAGUGCAGACUCGGCUGUCUGCCAAGGCGCAGCGCCGCGUGGCUCGGGAAAUGCGAACUGCGCGGGUGUUCGGGCUCAUGCCUUACACGCAGUCAGGGCGCCGCCGUUUAGGUUCGGCAAGGACCCGAACCUGGAGUCGGGGGAGCCGGACGAGGAGGAGCUUGACAUGGCAGCUGCUGUUGUGGGGGACGAUGAGCUCUAA